AUGGGUGUUAUAAGCAAUAAUGAAGAGAAUGAAGGGGCGCCACAGCAACAAGAGGACGAAAAGAGGAGCCAACAAGCACCUGUCGAUGCAACAACAUUCCGUGUAGUGGAACAGGAUGCUGAAGAUUCCACGGUGUCGUCAGCAAGAAGCCGCAAGAGUCAAAUGUCAGACCCCACAUGGGGUCUGAGUCGAGGUGCAUCGAAGGGAGAGACUCCCAUGGUCGCCACUGCCGGAAGCAUUCCCCGACGUCCCAGGCCCACAGCGCGGCAAGUCUCUUCGGGCGAAGCUCCUCCCAUGCCCAGUGCCCGUUCCUCCCGAAGAGGCGGCAAUAGAAGAUCGCGACGUGGACAACAACAACAACAACAACAACAGCGAGUAGAAGAAGAAAAGCAAGAAGAAAAAGAAGCGAUACCACCCCCAACCAAUCCUUUAGAGCAGUGUCAGAGCAGCAUGGCGAUGCUCAAGCGGACGGGAAUUCUCGAUUCCAGUGGUGACUUUGUGGCUCCGAUUGAUGGGAUUGAGCCAUUGCCGUCCAAUGGCAACGACAGGAACAGCAACGACAACAACAACAACAACAACACACUAGCACAAGACGAUGAUGACGAGAAUACGAUUCACAUUGGCGACGAAGGCGAAGCCAGCCCUCCGUCUCCCAUCCCGGACCGUCAUCAUCAUCAUCCAGAAGAAUUCCUCAUUGAAGCUACAUUGGUGGAAGAAGGAUUGUCCACGUCCUUUCGUGUUGUGCCACCACCAAUAACGAAUGAUGCGGAUGACUUUGUCGAUGAAGAAGGAACAACAGCAUCCGAGUCGUUUGUGGCCCCAGAUGCCAUCCCGCAGACACCACUCUUGCAUGACAUGAAUCAUCAUCAGAUUGUCAUUCAGGCAGAAAAAACAGAAUCCACCGACCAUAAGAUUCGAAGAUUGCAACUCUUUAUUGCGGGACUGGUCUGUUGCGUGGUUGUGGCUUUUAUCAUUACCAUGGCGGUAGCACUGGCGCUCAUCAAUCGAGGAUCGCAACCACAACAGCAAGAUGCGGCAGUGGUGUCUUCGGCGGCGCCAACUAUACCGGUAUCGUCCACUGUGGAACCCAACAACAUCUUUGAUCAUUCCACCGCGGCUCCGACGGCGUCGGCCACAGAGGAAGACUACACAGGUAGACCCUGGGACGAUCCAAAUGCACCACACAACAAUAUAGAUUGCAAUGGACCUGGUGGAUUCGGUCCACCACCGAAUGGUGGUCCAUCGGGUGGUCCACCAGGGAGGUCGCUACAGGCAAGACAGCCUGGCGGAGGGCCUCCAGGUUGCAAUGAUGGGCCUAGUGGACCCGGCAACAAUGGGCCUGGCAACAAUGGGCCCUCUGACGGCGGACCAGGCAACAAUGGGCCAGGACCUGGGCCAGGCAACGAUGGACUCGAUGACACAGGACCCGCUAUCGAAGACGGGAACGACAGUCCGGAUGUAGGGACAGGAGAAUUGCCUGGUGACGAACCGACAGACGACGGCAACAAUGCUGUGGAAACAGACGCCUUAUUGCCUCAAAAUGAAACUGACAGCGUAGAUGACAUUGCUCUGAUGUUGAAUGAGACUGUGCUUAUCCCCACAAAUGUUUCGACGACUGCAUCAGCAAACGCAAGCGAUGCCCUCUCUGGCUCGAACUUCACAUUGCCUGUCUCAAACUCCACGGACAAUGUUGCUACUCCCAUCCUAUCACCACCGCCGCCCGGUUAGCUAGUUUCGUUACAGAGUAUAAUGCCAAAUGU